AUGACUUCAAAGGAGACGAUGAAGGCGGUUGUCUUCAAGGGCAAACUGCAAAUUGCUGUUGAGGAUAGACCCAUUCCCAAGAUCCAAGAUCCCAAAGACAUCAUUGUCAAAGUCAGAUACACUGCACUUUGUGGGAGUGAGCUUCAUGUCUUUCGAGGCCAUCAGCCAUCGGCCACCGGCUUCGUCAUGGGCCACGAGUUUACCGGGGAGGUUGUUCAGACGGGUUCCGACGUCAAAUCGGUCAAAAAAGGAGACAAGAUUGUCACACCCUUUACCACCAACUGUGGAGAAUGCUUCUACUGCAAGAGAGGGUUCUCAUCGCGUUGCGAGAAGAGCCAACUUUUCGGAUCCGCGACCCUCGACGGUGGACAAGCAGAAUACUGUCGAAUCCCGCUCGCAGACAGCACGAUCCUCAAGGCUCCAGCGACAAUUGAGGAGAAUAAGCUUGUGCUGAUGGCCGACAUCUUCCCGACAGGGUAUUUUGCCGCUGCCAAUGCAUUUCGGGGGUUGGACCAGGAAGUGAUAUCGCAGAGCGUCGUGCUCCUCAUUGGAUGUGGACCAGUCGGUCUCUGUUCGCUUGUCUGCGCGCUCGAGUACAAACCCAAGGCUAUCCUAGCCAUCGACGGCGUGGAGGCUCGUUUAGAGCAGGCGAGAAAGCUCGGCGCGGAACCCUGGAAUUACCAAAAGGACAUGGAAGGCUUGAAGAAGCGGGUGCUGGAACUCUCAGAAGGGCGGGGAGCAGAUACGGCAAUCGAGCUGGUAGGUCACAGCAGUGCAUUAGGCAUGGCCUUUGAGCUUCUAAGGCCGUGGGGCAACAUCUCCAGCAUUGGCGUCCAUAACGGAGAGAUUCCAUGGACAGGCAACCAGGCUUAUGGAAAGAACUUGAGGAUUCAGAUGGGCAGGUGUCCGGUUCGAAGUCUCUUCGAGGAAGCCUUGGACGUACUUGCAAAGAAACAGGACCAGCUGGACUUCAUGACCGACAAUAUCAAGCCUCUUUCGGAAGCGGUCAAGUGGUAUGAUGAGUUCAACAACAUGAGAGUUCAAAAGGUGGUUUUUGAGGCAGAUAAAUGA